AAAAAUGAAUAUCAACAAAUGCCAUAUACACGAACAUCAAUUAAAAGUAAAGUUGUAUUAUUAUGGUUCAAGUAAAAUGAGUUUUUGAACACCUGUCUGUUCAAACUCAUUUGAAUUUGUGUUUUCUGUUAUGUGAGGCGAACUUUACAAAAUCAAAUAAAACUUAGGAAAUUAAAGCUUUCGUCGUGCAUUUUUUUUAAUGAACUUUUCAUCAAAUGGAAACUCAGGAUCUUAAAAAGAAACUGGAAGUACUUCAACAGAUGCAAUACGAAUUACAACAAUACUAUAGUUUAUUACGAUUAGUAAGAUCUGAUCUGGAGAAAAUAAUAAAGAAUUUUAACUCACUAAGUGAUAAACAAACCUCAUUAACGAAGAUAUAAAGUUCAACAUUAUUCUUAUUUAAAUAAAUUGGCAAAAUGGACACACUUCAAAAUAAAGAAAAUAUAUUACUAGCAACCCAUUCCACAUCUUUACGAAGAAAAUCUGUUCUUGCACCAAAUUUAUCGUCGUCUGUUUUGAUAGAAAACAACGAUGAAGCUGAACGAUUGGCUUUGCAUCAUGAAUUGCAAUCUUCUGCUAAAAGUACAAAUGUAAAUAAUAAACGAAUGUCUUUAGGACUUGACUUUGUAUCUAAAAUGUCAGCACCUGAUGUAAAACAGCAUAUAACUGACUGCAUAAAACUAAAUACUGAAAAUAAGAUUAAUGCAAAGAAUGCAUUCAGUCUUGAAAUAAUUGAUUUUAUGACCUAUAUGAUAAGUAAAAAAGAUGAUAAUAUGACUAAUCUGCAAGUAGCUAGCACAUCUUUAGAUGUAAGUACUAAAAUUUAUGGUUUUCGUGUAGAUAAUGUUCAUACAGAAAUAAUGAAAAUGUCCGGUGGAUUAGAUAAACACGAAGAUGAAAACCAAAUUAAUGACUUAGAAGGACAAACAAAUAGUGAACAAGGAAACAAUAAUCCAUCUUCACUAAGUAAAAAGAAAAAGAAAAAGAAUAAACAAAAAUUAUUUGCUACAGUGGAGAGUUUAAAAGGACCUAUUGAAAUAUCUAAACCUUCGUUAUGGAUAAGAGAAGAACAGGAUGCACAGAGUACAAAUGCAUUAUAUCAAGUAAUGUUACCGAACCAUGCAAAUUCUAACUUCUAUUUACACUCAUACAAUGAUGUUAUUGUUGAUACCAUAGAGAAUAAGACUAAUGAUACUUCUACAAAAGUAACUCCUCCAAGAAUAGAAGGUUUGACUGAAUUAGAAGUAUGUCCACCUUUAAUUAAUUUCGAAUUUCGUAAGUGGACCGGUAAUGAAGAAGAAGAGUUAAGUCAGGGUGAACAGUCAGAAGAAAAUAAUGAUAACAGAUUUCAGUUUGAUUUAGAUGCUAGUAUACCAUCCGAGGAGGAAGUCGUCCAUAACGAUUUAAAUUAUUCAAACAUUGAAAAUGAAGAAGAAAACGUGAACAAAUGUGUUGAAAUACGAAAACUAGAAACAAAUAUUGUAGAUUUAUGCAAAGUUGUAUCUAAUUGUCCUGUAACUAAAACAUCCGAAUACUCGUUCAUUCAAAAAAGUAUGAACAAACACUGGGCUGGUCCUUCUCAUUGGAAAAUAAAUAAUUUGAGAAACUUUUCUGGACAAAGUAAAAUCAUUGAAACAUGUCAGCAACGUCAAACUAGAAAAAGAAAAGAAAUUGAAAUGAAUUAUGAUGAUAAAACAAAAAAGGCUAUAGAAGUAAAGUUUGUACUAGGUCGUAAUUCAAAAAUGGAAGCUGCCAGACUAGAAUGGCUAGAAGAAGAUCUAACAUUGCCAUGGGAUAUGCAUUAUGAUAUUGCAUAUACUACUAAACUUUAUCUUCAUAAAAUGAUAGAGUUAAAGGUGCAAGAAAGAGAUAAUUUAAAUGCUACUCAUAUAUCUGAUAUAGAGGAUUAUGAUUACAAUAAUGAAAAUGAUACAUCAAAUUAUUGUCCUCGUGUACCUAACGAUGAUUAUGAAGCGUGCGAAGACAAUACUGAUGAAAAUGAAUGCAAUUUUGCAAGUGAAGCUCAACGAGAAACCCAAGCUUUCACCGACAAUAAUUUAGUUACUGCUCCUAAAUUAACGAACAAAAUAUUUAUCGCAUAUAGUGUCCAAGCAAAAAGAAUAGACAUGCGACAACUGAAAAGGUCUAUUUGGAAAAGUCUAACUUUGAAAACAGACAAUUCGGCGGUAGAAGAUGUAAAUACUCAAAAUACGACAGAACGGGAAGAAAAUGAAAUGAACAAUAGCAAAUGUUUCAGUAAUAUUUAUAAGACAUUGCCAAAUAUGUUAACAAAAACUAAUAUGGAAGCUCUAAGUUUUCCCAUUUCUUUUGUAUCAUUGUUACACUUGGCAAACGAGAAAACGUUAAGAAUACAAUCUCUUCCAGAUAUGUCUGACAUUAUUGUAGAAACAGAUAAUGUAUCCGUGACGUAAUUAAUAAUUAGUGUUUAUUGAUUAAAUAUAAGUAAAUCUUUUAAUUGUUUUUUAUAUAUUUUAGAA